AUGGUUACAUUUGGAUUUCCCGCCUCGCUCUUUUCGAAUGAUCCGGUUUCAAUCUCAAGGACUUGCAAUUGUAUGUAUAUAGAGUUUAGAGAAUGUGCUAACGAGCAGAGACAAAGGCAACAAUCGAAUAUUGCUAGACUUGAAGCUAAAGUUGAGAAGCUUGAAGCGCAACUCCAACAGAAGGACAGGGAAAUUGCAACAAUUACCAGAACAGCUGAGUCCUGUCAAGUUUCAGCUGAAACGCAAGUGAAAGCUCAGCAGAUACACGAAAUGAAGAAAAAGGAAAAGGAUUACAUUAAGUUGCAGGAGAAGCUGAAUCAAGUAUUAAUGGAGAAAAAGAACGAAUCAAGAUCAGGAAUGGAGAUUAUGAAUUUGUUACAGAAAGAAGGGAUGCAGCGUGGAACCUGGAAUGGCAAGAAGACGGAUACCCAUUUGUACAAAAAGAUAGUGGAUGCAUAUGAAGCGAAAAACCAAGAGUUAAUGGCUGAUAACACUAAUCUAAGAGCAUUGCUUCGAUCCAUGCAGACAGAUAUGCAUGAUUUUUUAAAUGCUCCAAACGGGUCAGCUAACCCUUCAUUGUCUGGCAGUGAGAGACGUGAGGCUGAUCCUUCACAAUAA